AUGCAUAUGGAAAAUUCGGUGCGCUCUAGCGUGCCCUUGAAGCAGAUAAGGCAGGUGCAGUUUAGCUUGCUUAGCCCAGAAGAAAUUGAGGGGAUGUCUGUGGUGGAAAUAAAACUUCCGGAUUACGACGAUGAUCAACCUAAGCCUCAGAGUUUAUCUGACCGUCGUCUGGGGACCAUAACUCGAGAUUAUAAAUGUGAGACGUGUUUGUCGGACGAAACGGAAUGUCCAGGACACUUUGGCCACAUUGAACUGGCGUCGCCCAUGUACCAGUAUCAUUGCAUGUCCUACAUUUUGAAGGUGCUGCGCUGUGUGUGUUACAGCUGCCACAAGCUGUUGGUGGACGCGAAUGACCCGAAGUUCGUAAUGGCGUCGAAGAUCGUGGACCCGCACGACCGGUUUUUGGCGAUGUAUAGUUUAGCUAGGCUAAGGAGGGUGUGCAUGAGCGAUCAAAACAAGAAAGAGGACGAGGAGGACGGUAUGGAAAGAAAGAAGCCGCGGAUAUUGCAUAAUGGAUGUGGAAAGAAGCAGCCUAAGUUCACUAGAGAAAGUUUCAUUAUUUACCAGGAAUUUCAAGAGAAGGACAAGUCUAAGGAGAAGAAGAGGUUGUCGGCGAUGGAGGUGUAUCAGAUAUUGCGUGGGAUCAGGGCAUCUGAAUACGAGUUGAUGGGGUUUGAUUCUCGAUAUGCGCAUCCGGAUUGGAUGGUGCUGACGAAGUUUCCUGUCCCGCCGCCUCACAUGCGUCCUUCGGUGAAGAGCACGGGGUCUAUGCGGGGAAUCGAUGACUUGACGUUCAAGUUGAGUGACAUUAUUAAGGUCAACAACGUCUUGCGCACUCAAAAGGAGAAUGGGUUGCCGAUGCACCUUCAGCAGGAGUACGAGGACGUGCUGCAAUAUCAUUUGGCUACUUAUGUCAACAACGAGAUACCGGGCAUGUCUCAGUCCAAGCAGCGAGCUAGUGGUCGACCGCUGAAGGCUAUCCAACAGCGGAUUAAGGGGAAGGAGGGGCGAGUUCGAGGAAAUUUGAUGGGGAAGCGAGUGGAUUUCAGCGCUCGUUCGGUGAUUACGCCGGACCCGAACUUGAUGAUUGACGAGUUGGGCGUUCCGCUGAAGAUUGCCAUGAAGAUGACGAUUCCGGAGGUGGUGACUCCCCUGAACAUGCGACGGAUGCAGGAAUUAGUGGACAACGGUGCGGACACGUAUCCUGGCGCUCUGUUCUUGAUUUCGGGCCACCAGACCAACCAGACUCUCCGAUGGGACUUGAGGGUAAAGCGGAAUCCGGUUUUGAAGUACGGAGACGUCGUGGAGCGUCACUUGCAGAAUGGGGACUUAGUAAUUUUCAACCGUCAGCCGUCGCUUCACAAAAUGUCGAUGAUGUGCCAUCGGAUUCGCGUGAUGCCCUACCAGACUUUUCGCCUGAAUUUGUCUGUGACUACCCCCUAUAACGCGGAUUUCGACGGAGACGAGAUGAACAUGCACGUGCCCCAAUCUCUCGAGUCGAAGGCGGAGUUGCUGGAGAUCAUGGCGGUUCCGAAGCAGAUUAUCACGCCGAAGGCGAACCGUCCGGUGAUUGGGUUGGUGCAGGACACGCUGUUGGGCUGCAGCAUAUUUACGAGCCGAGACGUCUUCUUGGAGAAGGACAUGGUGAUGAACCUGUGCAUGUGGCUGGACGAUUGGAACGGGAAGCUCCCUGUUCCAGCUGUCCUGAAGCCGAAGCAGUUGUGGACGGGAAAGCAGCUUUUCUCCUUCGUGUUGCCGAACGUGAAUUUGCGGAGCGUGUCCAGUCAGCACCCCAAGGAUUUCAAGGGCGAUAUCACUCCUGGGGACACGGAGGUGAUCGUGAUUCAAGGCCAGCAUCUGGCCGGAAUUCUGGACAAGAAGACGCUGGGUACGAGCGAGGGCGGUCUGGUUCACGUUAUUUGGAAGGACCACGGCCCCGAGGCGGCCAAGGCAAUGUUGUCGACCGCCCAGUGCGUCGUGAACUACUGGCUGCUGCACCGCGGAUACACAAUCAGUAUCUCCGACACGAUUGCCGACGAGACGAUCAUGCAGUCGAUCAACAAGAUCAUCACAGAGACGAAGGGUAAGCUGGGCGAUCUGAUCAUGCAGCUGCAAAAGAACAACCUGGAGCGCAGUCCGGGCUUGACUUUGAUGCAGAACUUCGAGAAGAAAGUGAACAAAGAGCUGAAUGAGGCGACGGACAAGUCCGGGAAGCAGGCCCAGCAGAGCUUGUCUCGCGGGAACAACAUCAACAACAUGGUGAAAAGUGGCUCCAAGGGAUCGACGAUAAACAUAUCUCAGAUUAUCGCCUGCGUCGGCCAACAGAACGUAGAGGGGUCUCGCAUUCCUUUCGGAUUCAACAAGCGAACGUUGCCCCACUUCACCAAGAACGACUUGGGAGCCGAGAGUCGUGGGUUCGUGGCCAACUCCUACUUGCGCGGUCUGACUCCUCAGGAGUUCUACUUUCACACGAUGGGCGGUCGCGAGGGUCUCAUCGACACGGCGGUGAAGACUUCAGAGACGGGGUAUAUUCAGCGUCGGCUCGUCAAGGCCAUGGAGGACGUUGCUGUCCAAUACGACGGCACGGUGCGAAACUCGAUUGGAGACAUCAUCCAGUUCGUGUACGGCGAGGAUGGGAUGGACUCCGUGGGCGUCGAGAGCCAGAAGUUCGACUCCAUGCGGAUGAACAACAAGGAGUUGGAGAAGCGGUUCAAAUACGACUUUACUGACAUACAUUUGUCUCUGGGUCACAACACGCUCGAGGACGACAAGCUGGAGCUGCUACGAACGGACACGGAGACGAUUGCGAUCCUGGACGAGGAAUGGAAGCAGAUUCGAUACGAUCGCGAGGUGCUCCGUCACCUGUUCCCGACCGGGCACGAUACGUGGCCCCUGCCCAUUAACUUGGUGAGGUUGAUUAUUACGGCUCAGCAGAUGGUGGAGGAUCGAGAGAAGCGCCCGAGCGACCUGGACCCCAAGGAAAUCGUGGAGCGCGUGCGCCAUUUGUGCGCCAGUCUUCACGUCGUUCCAGGCAUGGACGAGUAUGCGGAAGAAAUUCGGGAAAACGCGACCACGCUGUUCGCGAUUCACCUCCGAUCGACGCUGGGGUCCAAGCGCGUGUUGCAGAGCUACCGCCUCAACCGCUUUGCCUUCAAUUGGUUGAUUGGAGAGAUUCGACGUCGAUUCAACCAAUGUCUGGUUCACCCGGGAGAGAUGGUCGGAGUCGUCGCUGCCCAGUCCAUAGGUGAGCCCGCCACUCAAAUGACGCUGAACACGUUUCACUUUGCCGGCUAUUCUGGCAAGAACAUUACCCUCGGGGUUCCCAGACUUCGCGAGCUCAUCAACGUCGCUGCCAACCCGAAGACGCCCGGAAUGACCGUCUACCUGCCUCAGGACCUCGACCGAGACUCCGUCAACAGCGCCGUCCAGCUCAUCGAGUACGUCGUUUUGCGCGACAUCGUCAAGAAGACGCAAAUCUGGUACGAUCCGGAUCCUCUCAACACCGUCAUUGAGGAAGACCGAGCGCUUGUGUCCUUCAACAGCAUGAUUUACGACGACGAAGUUAUCGAGAAGGUGUCUCCUUGGCUCCUGCGGCUCGAAUUCGACCGCGUUGUCAUGGAGCCUAAAAAAGAGCUACGCAUGAACCAUUUGAAGCGACUCGUCAACGAGUGGACCAACGGGGAAUCCGUGUGCAUCGUCUCCAACGACAACGCCGAAGACCUCGUCAUGCACAUCCGCAUCAUGAAAGACCCCAGCGACUAUGACUCUGACGACCGCGGCGCUGACCAAGACGACGGCAGCAGUGGCGACUGGGAUAGCGAUCAAGAAAAAGGAUACCAGUUCAUGCGCGCGCUCGAGCAACGCAUGCUCGAAUACCCACUCUGCGGCAUCAAAGGCAUCGGUCACGUCUUUAUGGACCAGAAGCCCUUGCCCUACUUCGAUCCAGAAGGCGGCUAUCGCGAAAGCAAACAAUGGGUUCUAGAGACCGAAGGCAACAACCUUCUGGAAACCAUCGCCUGCCCCAAAGUCAACCCCACUCUCACCUACUCCAAUUGCAUCGUCGAAAUCCUCCAAGUCCUCGGCAUUGAGGGCGCCAGAAAUGCAUUGCUCAACGAAAUCAGACAAAUCCUCAGCUUCGACGGCGGAUAUGUCAACCACCGCCACAUCGCCCUCCUUGUCGACUCUAUGACCUAUCGCGGACACCUAAUGGCCAUCACUCGACACGGCAUCAACCGACGAGGCACGGGACCACUCAUGCGAUGCUCGUUCGAAGAAACUCAAGAUAUUCUCACCAAAGCUGCCAUCUAUGCUGAAAACGACCCUAUUCGAGGCGUUUCUGAAAACAUCAUGGUCGGGAACACGGCACCAAUUGGCACCGGCAUGUUCGAUCUCUACCUCAAUGACAAGCUCUUGAAAGACGCUGUCGUCAUUCAACUCAAUACCCACCCCUCCCAAGCAUCCAACUUCAUGGACUAUUUGUCUUUCGGCUUCAACGAAAUGCACUCCAGCAAACUAUCCAAUGUAAACCUAUACGAUCCCACUACCACGCCCGUUUCGUCACCGACUGGUAAUGUCAUGUCUCCCUACGUCGGCGCCUUGUCACCUAUACCUCAGAAUCCAACAUCGCCUCAAAGUCCUUCACCUGGAUAUGGAUAUUCCCAAUCGAUUUCAAACGACGUAUAUUCCAGCUCUCCUUCUUUCUAUGCCCCCGGAUCUCCAGCCUACCCUCAUUCUUUCCCCUCCUACUCUCCCACUUCCCCAUCUUCUUACUCCCCUACCUCUCCGUCAUCCUAUCCCCCUACCUCCCCAUCUUACUCCCCCACCUCCCCAUCUUCCUAUUCUCCUGCAUCUCCCUCCUAUUCCCCCACGUCACCAUCCUAUUCCCCCACGUCACCAUCUUAUUCUCCCACGUCACCAUCUUAUUCUCCCACGUCACCAUCUUAUUCUCCCACGUCUCCCUCCUAUUCCCCUACGUCUCCCUCCUAUUCCCCCACGUCUCCCUCCUAUUCUCCCACGUCUCCCUCCUAUUCCCCCACGUCUCCCUCCUAUUCUCCCACGUCUCCCUCCUAUUCUCCCACGUCCCCCUCCUAUUCCCCCACGUCUCCCUCCUAUUCUCCCACGUCCCCUUCUUACUCUCCCACCUCUCCCUCUUACUCUCCUACCUCUCCCUCUUACUCUCCCACUUCUCCCUCCUACUCUCCCACUUCUCCCUCUUACUCUCCCACCUCUCCCUCUUACUCACCCACCUCACCGAGUUAUCCCCAUACAUCCCCUUAUACAAGCUAUCCCCCUACCUCGCCAUCCCGCGACUCCUCCUCCCCGGCUUACUCUCCUUCUUCAUCUUAUUCCCCCACUUCCUAGUUAUACCGAACUUAGCCAUUCUCCUGCAGAAAAAAACAGGCAAUCCCUCCGCGUAUUCAUCCCCUUUUAUUUAUAGAAGUCC